UGUCGAUUUGCAUGUUUUGAGGCGUGACGAACCCGCGCGGCCGCAACAAACGAAGAUCUUCACCGACAUCGUCGAAUUCAACGCAGGAUUCUCCAACUGAAUGGUGUUCAGCAUAUGAGUCGUCGAAGCCACGAACGGACAGCCGCGUGUUGCUCUGCCGUGUGUUGAUCUGCCGCCCGCUUCAGUCAGUGGCCUGGAUCUCUUCCUUGAUCAUCAUGCAAUUCAUCAAGGCGACCCCUGGGAUGCCCCUCCUCGCCCUUUUCUCUGCCCUGCUCUCGCAAUGGAGCCGCUUGGCCACUGCACACGAGGCGCUCGGCGGUGACAGGCCACCGAUUAUUUUCGUCCCCGGCUGGCCCCUGUCGAAUCUGCAGAUGGACGUCGUUCUGGAGACCACGCCGCCCGCACCAUCCACAGUCUCCCGUUCUGGGCGUCUGCGCGGCCUGAAGGACCUGUGGGACCUGCUGGGGAUUGACAGUGGCCCAGGCGACGAUGUUGACGUGCUACCGGCAAGGUGCAUCUCGCUACUCACGGCCAAUGAGAGGAUGACCUUUCAGUUCGUGUUCGAUCCCGUCGCCGGCAAUCCACUGCCCUCUGAGCUGCCGUGGGAGUGCGCUGCAGGUCUUUUGCGCCUCGCCGUUGACGAGCCAUCGCGGCACCUGAAGGAUGAGGCGGGCGGUGAGGUGUAUGUCAAUGUUUCGACGUCUAUCGUCAACUUCGGCUCGGUGACUUGUGCGCAUGUCUACAACGAGGAGCCAUACGUCGUGUGGCGGUUGAUUGAGGCUGGCUACGAGCCGGGCAAGGACCUAUUCGUGGCCUGCUAUGACUGGCUGAGGGCGCCGGGAGAUGCUGUGCUGACGACCAAGGGGGACACGCCUAAGCCAUGGGUGCAGCUGGUGAGCGCGAACACGCAUACAGGGAGACGGCUGCAUACGCAUGCCUUUCCUUUCGUUCAGAUGAAGGAGUUGGUCGAGCGGGCGGUGGCGACGAAUGGCAAUCGGAAGGCCGUCAUCAUUGGACACAGCUCCGGCGGCCCCUACAGCCACGCAUUCAUCAGCCACCUGCACCACCAGGCCUACCCUGUGCAGGACCUCAUUGAUCGAUAUGUCACCCUCGCCGCCUCGCCGGAAGGCAGUGGGGCUCUCUUCGUCGCCGCGCUCACCGGUGUCCUGGCUGACGCCUCCGUAGUCGACAAGACCCCAAUGGGCCCCAACCCUGCCAUCGCCAUGUCGAUGCGCUACUGGCCGUCCAUCUGGUACCAGCUGCCGAUUGCUCGCGCGUUUGGCGACCAGGUGCUGGUGAAGACGCCGCAGAGAGAGUACCUGGCCAAGGACAUGGAGGAUGUGCUCGAGAUUGACGACGAUGAGGCGAAGGAGCGGCUGGUGGACGUCUAUCGACACGCUGAGGUGGACACGCCCCCGCUGGUGCCGCUGAACUGCUGGUGAGGGGAAGGGAGAGAGAGGGGAGAAGGACACACAGAAGGCGUCACCUACGUGUGUGUCUUUGGGUGCAGGUACAGUGAGGGUUUGGAGACCAUCGUUGGUGCGGAGCUGUCCGACGAGAUAUCAAACGACUUCAACUACAACCUCACCAAAUUCAUCACAGUAAGCAGCCAGUUCACCCAUACACACCCAAGACACAACACAUGGCUGAUGGAUCGGCCCUCCCUGUGUUUCUUGUGAUUAGGUUGACGGCGAUUCCAGUCAGGAGUGGAUGACCAACGAGGGCUGCCAGAGGUGGACCGACGCCCAGUCCAAGGCCGGGAAGCUGUGCGACAUCCGCGCCUUCGCCAAGAUCCCCCACAUGCAGAUGGCAUCCAAUGCCACCGUCAUGAACGAGCUCAUGCAGAUCAUCCACGGCAUCGACCAGCACAACAGACUCGCCAGGCUCAAGCUGGAGGCCGACCAGAAGGAGGCAGCCAGCCUCUCGACCGACUCCAAGAGGCAACAGUUAUCGCUCGGGCUGGAGAGGGCCGCUGCUGCCGGUGGGGCGGCCACGAACGAGAGCAGCGUGACCACUGAGACGCAGGACGCGUCAUUACCGUCAGAGAACGACACUGUGGUCACAUCAGCAGGCAACAACAAGACGGCCAAGAACGCCACAGCGAGCAGCAGUAGCAGCGCCACUGUCGACGAGCUGUCGGAGGAGGACAAGGAAGAGCAGCUGGAGCGGCAGGAGCGGCCGUGGAUGCAGUUCGUCGCCGUGGCCAUCCUCGCCUGUGUGGGCAUAGGCCUCAUUCUCCUCCUCUUCUUCAUCUGCCAGUCCUGCACACUCAGCCGCGAGGCUCGCAUACGCGCCCAGAUGGGCGACGUCGACUACAGCGACCUUAUCGAUGACGCCCUGGACGGCAGCAAAGGCAACCCUGGCGGCUUCACGAGACUAAGGGAAGCGCCGGCCCCCGGGACGACACGGGAGAAUGGGUACAAGGCGGGCGGGGAGGUGCCCCGGCUGAGUGCGGCGAGCGGUACGACCCAUGAGGACGUCAGCGAGUUGACGCCGCUGACGAGCCAAAGGGAGGUGGAUGGGGAGGCCAGGGGCAGGAGGCAGCAGCAGCAGCAGACCGCAGCGCAGGAACAGGCUGAUGAUGACGACGACGUGAACCUGACGGUGUGAUGGCAUCAUCACUGGUGUGGGAGGCCGGGGUGCUUGUGGUGUGGUGUUCAUCUUGGUUGUUGAUUGAUUGAUUGAUUGAUGUGUGUGUGUGUGUAUGUGUGUCUGUGAGUGGAUGAGUGAGAGAGAGUGUGUCGGUUUAUCUAUCAUAUGCCUAUGGAUGGUGGGCCGUUUUGGUCGCUCACUGCUCGAGGGAGAAAGGAGGGCGGCAUUGGUAGUGUGUAAUUUGGUAAUUGGUAAUGAUUGAGUGAGUGAGCGGGCCGGGUCCACCGGAUGGCCGUAAUACAUGACAAGCGCGUACUUCAGCUGUGCGGGUGGCCGCGCAGCCGAAGCCUGUACUUGCCAUAGGCCACACCAUGGGCAGGCAGGUGGCACACGGCAGGACAGAAGCAAGGCCGAGAUGAUCUGACGUCACUUUGCGAGUGUUAGGUGUGCUUUAUCAAUGCCAUCUGCUGUAGCUCGCAAAUCACGAUGUGAGGAGAAUUUCUCCUCACGUUGUCUGUGGUGGGCUCCGCAAGCGCCACCAUCACGCCCACCUCAUCGCGAGCUCCCUAC